AGUGUCACCUUCAGGAGCGUACUUGUCGUUUUCCAACACCUAGAUGACAGCUGUUUCAGUUAUUGUUGUCAGUACAUAUUAUAAAAUGACUUACUUUAACUUAAGCUAAGCGAAUCAUUGGAAUUCGACAUGUCCUGGCAAUACGGACUAAUCAGAGACAUGACGAGGACCGAGUAUCUGAUUACCUCGUCGGAAUUCGGUGUAGUCAUGCCAGACAAGUUUCCCAAGGCAAAGCACCACUAUCUGGUUCUUCCAAUUGAAGACAUUCCUAGUGUUUUUCAAGUAAGUGCUAGUGCCAGCAAAAACUACGCUAAGGCUAUUAAAUUAAUUUACAUCUUUCAGCUUAACCGGACCCAUCUGCCGCUUUUGAGGGAGCUUUACCAUCUGGCGCAAAAGGCUGUCAAAAUAAGAGGAGCUAUUUGGGAGGACUUCCAGGUGGGAUUCCAUGCCGAACCGAGUAUGCAAAGGCUCCACUUGCAUGUUAUCUCCAAGGAUUUCGUAUCACCGUGUAUGAAGACCAAGAAACAUUGGAACGCGCACAACACCGAACUAUUCGUUUCCUACGAAAAAAUGUGCGCUCAGCUGGAGAGGGAGAACUGCUUUUCACGACUGCCAAAAUCGCUAGUAGAUGAGCUGCUAGCGCAGCCUCUGAUUUGCAACCAAUGCAAGUUCGCCCCAGAUUCGCUUUUGGACUUAAAGGCCCACUUGUUUUACCACUGGCAUAGUAUGGAACAGGAGCGUGAGCAGAUGCACAUAAUAGAUGGAAUAAGUAAAAUGUCUUUCCGAAACCCUCCGCCGAAAGUCAUCCAAUCGAUGACUCCGCCUCAACUCAAUCAGUUGGACCAUAGGUCGCGUCAAGGACCCAGGGCUCUUGGGAAUGGUCAUCACUUUUCACAUUCCCAAAUACAGAGUUACACUAGGCACCCGGGAUACAAAGGUUUCCGACCACAUCCUCCCAUAGAUGUCCAUCAUUAUACAAAGAAAACUUUUGCUCAGGAGGGAACUGUAUGCAGCGGGCAACAAAAUGGAGUGAUCCCAAGACGAGUACCGAAAUCGGAUCAACACAAGAACCAACAGGUUACACAGGAGCCCAUCCAGCAGAUUUUCAAUACUCAACGGCCCAAUCAGGAUUCCAAUCAACAGAGUAGUUCGAACUCACAGAAAGCUCAACAACAAAGCUACAAGUCUCAGCAGCAAGAUAUUCGCCAAAAUACCAAUGAACCGGUUGUCCAGAAUCAAAAAGCAAAACAGUCAAAACGUAAUUUUCCGCAGCCACUACCAAGUUUAAAAGUUAAUCAAGUUUUUGCCGAUAACAACAAUUUUAUAAAUCAUCAAAAUCCUAAUCAAGAAAACGGGUAUAAAAAUAAGAGAAGGGGAAGAGAAAAAAAUAAGAAAUCAGCUGGGAUUCCACAGAAUCAAGAAUGUCUUGUUCCACCACCUACAAACGAUAUCAAGCCAGCGUGCAAGUCCUAGAAUAAUUUAUCAUGUGAAAAUACAUUUUUAGAGAUUUUAAAAACUUUUAACCUGACAAAAUGCUGUGAAUCAAAAAGAAGGUCCAUAAACAAACCUAUAAAUGUAUUUUAAA